CUGCCUCUCUCUCUCUCUCUAUCUCUAGAUAAAACGCCCCCAUAGAAAUAUAUUGUACAAUAACCAAAAGGUAGUUUCAUACAAUUCUUCAUCGCUUGCUUACCUAGCUUUUUGCAGAGAAACAAAUUAAGAAAGAAGACGGAGGUGGUCAACGGCGAUGGAUGGAAUGUACGGCUUUCAUCCAACAUGUGACUACUCAGAUAAGCCGGUGAUGAUGAUGUCACAGGAUAAUAUGAUGUUUCCUUCCGACUACCAAACCUUGCUUUGCUCCUCCGCCGGAGACAACCGCGUCUCCGAUGUUUUCGGUUUGAACGAGCUACUCUCAGUAGCCGCCUCCGCUAUGUCGUCCGAGGCUGCAUCGAUGGGUCCAGAGAUCCGAACGAAUAAUGGUAACGUAUCGCUCGGUGUCAUCAAGGCUAAAAUAGCUUGUCAUCCUUCGUAUCCACGGUUACUCCAGGCGUACAUGGACUGUCAGAAGGUUGGAGCGCCGCCGGAUAUAGCGUAUCUACUGGAGGAGAUUCAACGGGAGAGCCAUGUGUAUAAGCAAGGCGUUGCUCCUUCAUCAUCUUGCUUCGGAGCUGAUCCUGAGCUUGAUGAAUUCAUGGAAACCUAUUGCGAAAUAUUGGUGAAGUACAAAUCGGAUCUCGCGAGGCCGUUUGAUGAGGCGACGACCUUUUUGAACAAAAUUGAGAUGCAGCUACGGAACCUAUGCACUGGCGUGGAGUCUGCCAGGGGACUUUCGGAAGAUGGUGCAGUUUCAUCUGACGAGGAACUAAGUGGAGGCGAUGAGAUAUCACAGGAUGGGAAACAAGUAUGUGAAGACCGUGAUCUCAAGGACAGGUUGCUUAGAAAAUUUGGAAGCGGUAUAAGUUCUCUAAAGCUGGAGUUUUCAAAGAAGAAGAAGAAAGGAAAGCUACCAAGAGAAGCAAGACAAGCGCUACUCGAAUGGUGGAGUGUUCACUAUAAGUGGCCUUACCCUACCGAAGGUGAUAAGAUAGCGUUAGCUGAUGCAACGGGGUUAGACCAAAAACAGAUCAACAAUUGGUUUAUAAACCAAAGAAAACGUCAUUGGAAUCAGUCAGAGAAUAUCCCUUUUGCAUGAUGGUCGACUCUAGUGGAUCAUUCUUUACCGAGGAAUGAGAAUUAUCGUAUUUAAACGUUGAAGUAAAAGAAAAGAAAUGGGGCUGUAUUGACAUGUUUCCUUAGUACAAAUUAAAUUCUGCUUUGUUUUGCCGGCAAAUGAAAAAUGAAGGGAAAGAGCAGUGAAGGUUUGGAUACAUGAAUGAAUAUUUACUCAAGUCACAUGUAGGAAUGAACCAAGGGACAAGUCUUCGUCAAAUGCUUUGUAACUAUUAUUAUCGGUGAACAUGCCUUUAUAGUAAGUGACUUAAUC